AUGAAAACUUUUCUUAUAAUUUUCUUCGGAAUUCUUGUAUUCCCAAGUGCUUUACUGGCUCCACUCGAACCAUGUUAUAUCGAAUCGAAGGGGAGUUUGAAUUUCCCAGCAAAUUUCAGCUUUGGUGUAUCAACUUCUGCUUAUCAAAUUGAAGGAGGUUGGAACCAAGAUGGAAAGGGUGUGUCUAUUUGGGAUUAUUUCACACAUAAGACUCCUGAAAUAGUAGUAGACGGAUCAAAUGGAGAUAUAGCUGCAGACUCAUAUAAUCUUUUUGAUGAAGAUUUGAAAAUACUCAAGGAUCUUAAGGUUGGUCAUUAUCGGUUCUCAAUAUCUUGGUCAAGAGUUUUCCCAAACGGUGAUGUAUCGUUGAAAAACCAGCCUGGGAUUGAUUAUUACAACGAUAUUAUUGAUAAGCUUCUUGCUAAUGGUAUAACACCCUUCGUAACAAUGCACCACUUCAAUAUUCCGCUAGCGAUUCAGAAAAGAGGAGGCUUUGCAAGUCCGUUAAUAAUUGAUUAUUUUGUAAAUUUUGCAACAGAGUUAUUCGAAAUGUUCGGAGACCGAGUGAAGAAUUGGAUAACUUUCAAUGAACCCUUGAGAUUAUGUCAAAGUGGCUAUGGUAGUGGCCAGAGUCCACCACUCCUAAAUAAUUCCGGUGUGGGAGACUAUCUUUGUAUACAUAAUCUUCUGAAGGCACACGGAGCCUCAUACCGUGUUUAUAAGGACAAGUUUUUCGACAAACAACAGGGUAAAGUAGGCAUUGCUCUUGACACAUCUUAUUACUAUUCAUCUGAUGCGGAUAUUAUUGACCGUGCAAUGCAAUUCAAUGUAGGUUUCUUGACAAAAUUAUAUAUUUCCCUUCUUUAAAAUGGUUCUGUAUCUAGAUUGGUUACCUGGCACAUCCAAUAUUCAGUGAACACGGUGGUUAUCCUGAGGUAAUGGUAAGAGAUAUCACACGAAACAGUCAUGAAGAGGGAAGAUUCAGAUCGCGAUUACCAAGUCUCGAUGGGGAAUGGAAAGAAAUUAUCAGAGGCUCAGCUGAUUUCUUUGGUCUCAAUUACUAUUCGUCGAGUUUAUUAGAACUUCCUUCGGAGCCCUUAGGUCAGAGCCCUUCAUUUGAACGAGAUCUAAAUGUUGAAGUUAUAGGAGACAGUUCAGUUUGUGAUCCAGCAGGUCUGGAAAGUCUGUUGCAUUGGAUAAAGAAAGAGUACAACAAUAUUCCGAUGAUAGUCACAGAAAAUGGUUGGCGUGAUGAGGGGGAAAUUGAAGAUUACAAUAGAACUUAUUACUUGAAAGGACAUUUACAAGCCGUAUUAAAUGCUGUAAAUUCUGGUUGCAAUGUAUAUAGUUAUACUCAUUGGAGUUUACUUGACAACUUUGAAUGGGUGUUUGGAUAUACGCAAAGUUUAGGACUUUAUGGAGUUGAUAGGACUAGCCCUUUAUUAGAACGAUAUGCAAAAAAGUCUGCACGUUUUUACAAAAAAGUCAUAGAAAAAAGAAUAUCACCAAAUCAAUUUGCUGUAUAAAAAUCCAAUUAUUUUUUAAGGUCGAUAAUAAUAAUUAUAUUUAAGCUAC